AUGUUGGACGAGCCUGUCAGCCCCGACUCGCCUACGAGCCCGAUGACAAGGAGUUUCGACCUUUCUUCAAGCACCAUCGACGAGCUGACAUCGGUUCUGACCGAUCUCAACCGCGCGCCGUCUCCUGCCCCCUCCGAACACCCGCCACGAUGCUGUUGCGGCCAGGACGACUGCGAGAACACCGUUUCUUGGCUCGACCUCAGGACAAAGUUGGAGACGAGAUUGAUUCUCAGUGCUGAGGUUGGGCAGGCCUUGUUGCAGAAACAUGAAGCAUACGUCCGGCAGGUCGAGAAAUCCAGGAACAAAAGGGGAUCGUUGAAGCAAGCCAACCUUACUUUUAGCAGUGACGAUGGUGACGAAAUUAGCUCUGAAGAAAAGCUGAGCAGAGAAUACGACCUCUUGGCUCGGGAAAAGGCCGAAAUAGAGAAGAGGCUGAAUCAUGCCCUGGUCAACAACGAAGUUACAGAGGUGUCGAAUAGGACCCUCAUGCAAGAACUACAAGAGGCUCGGGAGACGAUUUCGAGGUUGACAGCCCACCACGCCCGUUCCAUGGGGUGGGAUGCACGACUUACGGCAGCCUUGAAGGAGAGGGACGACAUGCAGCAGGAGCGUGACGGCGAGAGCCAUCGUGCUCGGUUGGCAGAGUCUAGAUUUGCAGCCUUGAAGGACAAGACUGCCAAGUUGCAAGCGGAAGUAAGACGACUGCAAGAACUGGUGGAAGAAAAGAGACAACAUAGGCUCGAAUCGUCCGACUCGAUCAUCCAGGAGGCGAAACUUCGAUUGCAAACGGUCAGAUCUUCUGUGGGACUAACCGCGCAGGCGGAGCAAGACGAGUUGGCGCAAGUCAUGGAAACUCUCGUUAACGAUAACGAGGUUUUGAAGCGGGACAAUGCAGAGCUCCAGCGGCUUCUGGCAGAAACGCGUGAAGAUGUGCAUACCCUCCAGCAAGAGGUGGAAGAGCACCGUGCUGCUACAGCAACGUUCCCGCCCCCUCGGUCUGGUCCCACUACCCCCAUUUCCCGGCACUUCCAUACCGGUAGCGUAUCCUCUGUCGGACGGCGCUCGUUCAAUGCAGAUCCAUCUCCUAGAAGCGUUCCGUUCAACCUGGAGCCAAUGACCCCAGACUCAAGCCGACGACCACUAUCCCCAGUCGACUCCUUAGCGCCUCCCGAUCGCUGGAACGGAUUCUCCUUCUCUCGACCAGGGGCCCCUUCCGACGCAUCCCACGUUAGUUACGAAGUUGAAGAGACAUCAAACGAGGAAGAUAGUCCAGAAGUCGGGAGAUCAAAGGGCCAUCGACCUCUGCUUCUCCUUACCCGUUCGCGCGGAAUCCAAACCGAGCCUUGGUUAAGCGUCCCCUCUCCUACCGCCACGCUUCCGUCCCACAUGUCCCAUUUGUCGACUCCACCAGAUCCUCGAUCUGAAUCAUCUUCGUUGGCUGAAGCAUCCCAUACGACCGCCUUGUUCGACAAAGCGACCCAGCUGUUGAAUAAGAUGACCCAAGCCGAUGCUCUGACGCUGACCACUCGACUGAAGAGGCAAAACCUCAAGGGAGCCGAUCUCAGCCAUCUCUCGCGGACGACCGUCAGCAACAUCAUAGCAGAAGCCAUCGAACUCCGAUCUCAGUUCCGAAACCUCCUGGAAGAUGAGAAGAUUGUCGUGACAUGCACACGAAAGGACCUCCGCGUCCUCUUCAAACUCAUCAAGGACAUGUUCAUGGAGAUGGGUCAGAUGCGGGUCACGCUCAACGAUGUCAUUUUCGACCCUGCAUGUGCGCCAAGGGUGAGCGAGCUCUCGCUCAACCCCAGCAAAGCUGCCGCCGAACGGGAGAAACAAUCGCAAGACCUGGCUAGUCGACUACAAGGCGCAAGCAGCUGGAUCGCACCCAUCUCCAAGUUUUUCACUGGGACCCAAAGACGAGAGCAAAGUCCAACUGGGGUUUCACGCGCAGUUAGCGGCCAAGGGCCGCAGUCUCGAUUGGCGCCCAAGUUGGGACCUGCGUUGGCAGCAUCGACGACCACGGUCAAUGUGGAGUUCUCAGGUGCGGGUGUUGGUAGGGCGACAACGACGCUAGCGCCGCCGCAGAUGAUCACCGUUACACCCGUUGCCGAUGCUCAGGUCGGAUCUACAGCGGGUCCAUCCACAACGUCGGUGAACGUGAUGAACAUCUUCGCGGGUGCUCCCAAACCGCAGCCGGUGGAGCAAGAUCCAUGGGUUGUCCUUCCCCGCAACACGCCACGAAGAGUUCAGUCGAGUUAUUUCGGUCCUGGCGGUGGAAGUGCGACGAUAGGGCGGUCGGCCAUGAAGAAAACGAACCGGCUUUCUCGGAACGUUGAUGCUGUGAUUGACGCGCAGCAACAUCCAACUGGCUACGACGACGAAGCCGCAGAGGAUGAAGUUCCUGCCCUCCCUGAACGAACCAGAAGGCUGCGCAGACGAGGUCUAUCAGAUUCGUCCAUCCAUUCGACGUUUACCAGCCAGGGCAGAGAUGACGGUCCUGAUUCCCCAACUUCACCCAUGGCCAUCAACUCACCGGUCCACGCCACGUUCCAGUCUACUAAUCCAUUGGCUUCAGCACUCCAUUGGCCGGAUAGGACGUCUGUGUUCCAAGCGUUGACCAAGACAGUCAAUAAUCUCCGAAUGACCGCGACAGGUGGCAUGACUUAUAUUGGCGCACCUCCAGCUGGCCGUUCAACUCCCCCCGCCGACUUUCGACCCCAUUCACCUUCAACAUCCGACCGCCCUACGGCGGGGUCAUCCAGGCCAGCAUCCGUCGCGGUCGGUACACCUUCUGUCUCCACUCCUCACAGUCCCAUCAUCUCACACCCUCCAUCACCUGCAGCACAAACCACGACGGUCAAGUCGAAAUCUCGGGUAACAGUCGCUGAUUCACCCCCUCCAACCUCUUCUUCACAUUCACAUUCCCAAUCGCAAUCGCACUCUCAGCCGCAUUCACCUCACCCACCUCAGCGUGCAUCUUCGAUACCCUCUUCUUCAACACCAUCCACUUCUGCAUCCACUCCCGCAACCUCGUCUUCUGCAUUACCUUCAUCAUCAUCUCCCGCCCCCGCAUCCCCCUCCUCUCCAUCCGCCCCAACACCAGCAGGCACCACCUCCGCACCUCAAACACCCAAAUCCCAAACCAAACAUCGAGCACGCAGUUCGACAGGCUCAAAGAAAGGUCUAGGACUCCUCAGCUCCCCUUCACGCAGCGGCAGUCCACUCGGGUUUGGAGGGCUGGGGUUCAUACCUAAUAUACCUAACAUUGGAUUGGCGUCGUGGGCGGCGACGAAUAUGACGAUGGAUCCUGUGCCGCCUUCGGAUCCUAUCCUAGCUACGUCGAGUAGCUUCAGAGAGGAUUCGCCGUUUACGAGUUAUCGUAGUGGGCAUCCUAGACGCGAUUCGGCGUCGAGAGAGUUUCUUUGA